AUGGCUGCUCGACCUGCCCCACUCUCUUUUGCGUCACUACCUCCUCACGCGCCGUUCGCGUCGACACAACAGGCAGGCGAGUCGGAGCCACCCAAACGUUGUCGUUCCUCACCCCCUCCCAUUCACACCGCCAAUCGAGACCCAUUCAACCCUCAGACCCCUCCCACGUCUUCUACAGCUCUUCCCCAGCAAAACCCUUUCUCACCACCAGCUUCAGUUCGCUCAUUCUCGGCCGGAGGCGCUGACUCUCCUGCAUACCCCUUUGCCAGUCCUGAAAGCACUCGCGCGUCCAGUCUUAUCGACGUCACUCAUGGACGUGCGUUUUCUACGUACUCGAUUGGGACUCUAGCUGGCCCUAAUGAACGCGGUUCGUUCAGUCGCCCCACAACAGCUUCUUCUAGUGCACUGGCGGGAGGCGGCAGUACACCUACAACUCGUCGCGAAGCAUUUGCAUCGCCGCCUGCCCGCCCAAUGACCAUCUACGCCACUCCCAAUACAGCACGUCUCCGUCGCGACCGUCCUAAAUCGACUGCAUUGCUUAACCCUGCGACGAAGGCCGUCCAGGAGGAAGAGGAAAUCGACGAAAAAACUGGCAAAGUGAAGAAGAAGAAGUUUACUGUUCGCCCUAAGCUCAGUGCGAAACUCGAUAAACCGUGGGUCGGCACCAAAGACCCCUCUUCGAUUUGGGCCUAUCUAAUUACCUAUUUCAUGGUUUUAGUUGGUCUUGCUUGUGGUGGUGUGCGGAUUUACACUGGCUGGAAGUCGGUCAUGCUACUCAAAGGCAAUCUCUGCCCAGUCCUUAUUGAGGACUUCACCAACAAGACCACACAAGACCUGUUUGGAACUGGUGUCGCUGGAGAGGGAGGCACAUUCUUCCGUGAAGUGGACGCUAGCGGCUUUGGGAAUGGUGAAUUUGAGAUGACGACCAACUCCGAUCGAAAUUCGUUCAUCUACAACAACCAGCUCUACCUGGUUCCGACUCUUACCUCGGAUGUCAUUCCCACGUCAAGUAUUCUUGACGGCGCCAUCUACAACCUCACGGGUUGCACGUACAACAUCACUCACUCCUCCGGCUAUUCCACUUCUGGACAUGGGUCUGUCGGGAUCAAUACGACGGAGGGCGAGCAAGCUGACGGUGCUAUCGCGCCCGAUGCACUUCUGGAUCUCCCUGCUUACCUUGCAGCCUGCUCGGCUGUCUCCAAUUCAACACAAGGCAAAAUCCUUCCUCCCAUCAUGAGUGCUCGCAUCAGCACUCGUCGUUCGGCUCGUUUGCGUUUCGGGCGUGUUGAGGUCAAAGCCAAACUGCCGACGGGAGAUUGGCUUUGGCCUGCAAUCUGGAUGUUGCCUGUCGGGAAUGUGUACGGUGGAUGGCCACUCUCGGGAGAGAUCGACAUCAUGGAGGCGCGGGGUAAUGGUCCCAGUUAUCCUAAGCAGGGCAUCAACUACGUCCGCAGCUCGCUGAACUGGGGCCCUGCGACGUUCUUGAAUGCGGUUGCCAAGACAUACGGCUGGAAGACGAUGCGCCGGGACCGUUACGAUGCUGAUUUCCACACUUAUGCUUUGGAGUGGGACGAAAACUUUAUGCGGAUGUAUGUCGACUCGCGACUUUCGCAUAUGUUUGAGAUGCGCUUGGCCCAGUCAUUCUGGGAUUUCGGCAACUUCCCCACGGUUGUGCAGAACGGGACUGCAAGUGUUGUUUUGGACAACCCAUGGGUCAAUGGAACCAAGGCCGCGCCGUUCGAUCAGCCUUUCUACUUGAUCAUGAACCCUUGGUUGGAUGGGUCUGCAACUGCGCCGUUGGACUUUUUGCGCGCGCAAGACAAAUGGUACCCGACUUGGCCUCAAGAUAUAUCCAAGCGCGCGAUGGUUGUCGAUUCGGUGAAGAUGUGGGAGAAGUGUUGA